CGUUUCAACCAUCACCUCAGCCCCGCACUCCUUCUGAGAUCCCCCCGAUACCAUACAAGUCAGCAGUCAGCCUACUCGGGACAUACCAUUCGACCAAAGACACGCUAGGCGGCAGUGUCACUUAGCUCGCAGAUAUCUCUCUGCGCAUCGUAAUACAGUCCACGGUCCCUCCCCGCCCCUACAUCUCCACAUCCCGCAUCGUCGAUUACUCCUAGAGGCCCCUCACCAUGCCCUCGCCGAACAGCUACUGGCUCAUCUCGGCCCCUCUGGAGGGCUCAGGUCCUCACGAGCUCCACUCCCAGGUGACUCACACACUCCUCAACUCCUCCGGUUCCUCCUCGGGCAUUGUCCCCUCGUGCAUCUCUCCACCCAUCGAUCUCCCACCCUUGCGAGUAGGAACAUUGGCAUCGCUUAUCAACCUCUCUGAGACCCUGCCCAAGUCAGAUGCUUCAGCCCAGGCUAUCCUCGGAAAGAUCAGGGAGACGCUCUCAAGCCUGCUCAACGACGAUCCUGCACAGCUCGCCCAGCACACGUUGGUCAAGGAGGGAACUGUAGAUGACUAUGUUCUCGGCGGCUGGUCGUGGAAUGGAGGAAAGUACAGAGUGGAGCAAGAUCUGCCUGAUCUCGUCGCUGGCCUCGAGAGAGAGGUGCAAUCCAUCGACGGAGUGAUGAAGCAGAAGCUGCAGAAUUACAAUGUCGCAAAGGGUCAAUUGCAGCAACUGCAGCGCAAGAAGACGGGAAACCUCUCGGUACGCUCCCUUGCCGAUGUGGUGCACAAGGAUGACUUUGUCUCUGGUGACUCGGAGUUCCUCGAAACGCUACUGGUGGCCGUACCUAGGAACAAUGUCAAGGAGUGGCUGACAAAGUACGAGAGGCUCACGCAGCUCGUUGUUCCCCGCUCAAGCAAGAAGCUCUCAGAGGACGACGAAUAUGCGUUGUUCAAUGUGACUGUGUUCAAGAAGGUCAAGGAUGAAUUUGCUCAAAAGGCCAGGGAGAGUAGGUUCCAGGUGCGCGAAUUCCGAUGGGAGGACGAUGUGGUUGAGAAGUCGAGGCAGGAGCUGGACGAUGCGGGUACAUCAGAAAAGGAGCUCUGGUCAGAAUUGCUUCGCCUCUCAAGGACAAACUUCUCAGAGUGCUACCAGGUGCUGGUGCACAUCAAGCUGGUGCGGCUCUUCGUCGAGUCGGUGCUGCGCUAUGGUCUGCCUGCUGAUUAUUAUGCCGUGGCGAUCAAGCCCAACCCAAAGAAGGUCAAGGGUCUAACAACGGCCCUGUCGUCCUACUUUGCCUCACUCGAAGGUCGUUCCACCAGGUCGAAGAAGCAGAAUGGAAAGGGCAAGGCCAAGGACAGUGGCAAUGGAGAAGUGCCGGGAGAGUAUGCAUCGUUGCUAGAAGAGGAACUGCUGCCCUUUGUCAGCAUCGAGGUGCCAUUGGGUGUUGGUGGAGAGGAGUGAGAAGUGAGAGUUGGUAGUGUGGUGGUGGUGGAGGAGGAGGAGGAGGAGGAGAGAGGAGGAGCAGUCAUCAGUGUCGUCUCUGCUGCUCUCUCGGCAUCGUACGGGCUCCAAUGUAAAGUGUUUCCUUGAGUCUAGCUCAGCCCUGUCUGCUCUGCUCUGCUCUGCUGAU